UUAUGAUAAUAAAAUAUGCAUACCUGCACUAUAUAAAGAUAUAUCCAGCUAUUUACUUAACGACAUUCUACUCAACCAUGUUAAAAAAAUUACUACUCGUCUAUUUCCUAACCCAAGCAGGAAUAAGAAGCGAAGAUUCUGUGGAGUACCUCGAAAAUGUAGUAAAAAAAGCCGAAAAAGAUUCUCUAAACUAUCAAACACCUACAGACGCGAGCCGCUACAAACCCACCACUUCAGAAACAAAAGACUACGCUCCGUACGAUUUCAUCAUCAUCGGCGGCGGUACCACCGGCUCGGUGAUAGCCAGCCGCUUGUCCGAAGAAAACUUCACGGUACUCGUCCUCGAAGCCGGCCAAUUCGCCGACAACGGCGCCUUGCAGAUCCCCCGAAUGGCCCAAACCGGCUGGCUCUCCGACUACAAUUGGGGAUUCAAAAGCAUCCCCCAAACCACAGCCUGUCUAGGUUCCAUCAACAACCAAUGCCCGUACCCGCGAGGACGAGGCGUCGGCGGUACCACCCUAAUGAACGGCCUGAUCUACGACAGAGGUUCCCAGCAGAUCUACAACUUGUACUCCAGGAUAGCGCGCGACCACAGCUGGUCGUACCGCAACGUGCUUAAAUACUUCAAGAAAUCGGAGCACUUCCACUGGACGAACCCCAACGCGCCGGUAGACCCCUUCUACCACGGCUACGAAGGCUUGUUCGACGUGCAGCACAAAGUGCCGGACAUCCGCAUCAACGAUUUAUUCCUGCGGGCCAAUCGAGAGCUGGGCACUCCCGCCAACGACGCCAACGGUCGCAGCCGCUUCGGCGCCACCAUAGCGCAGAUUUACACGAAAAACGGCCGGAGAGUCGACACCGGCACCGCUUUCGUGAAACCGUUCCUCGACAGGAGCAACUUGAAGGUGCUGACGGGCAGCUACGUGACCAAGAUCGCGAUAAACGGGCAAAAACGCGCCGAGAGGGUGAUUUUCACCAACAACGGCACCAUUUACAGCGCGAAGGCCAACAAGGAGAUCAUCCUGUCGGCCGGUAGCGUGAGCAGUCCGCACAUUCUGAUGCUGUCGGGCGUCGGGCCGAAGAAGCACCUCGAAAGCCUCGGCAUCAAAGUGGUGGAAGACUUGGAAGUCGGCACCAAAUUCCUGGAUCAGCCGGGAACGAAGAACUUCAUGUUCAGCUCGAAUUACCCGGCGAACGAGCAGUCGUUGAAAGAGCAACUGCAGGAGUACCUGAAAGGGUACGGUUUAUUAACGGCGGCUACCGACGGACAAGGGAUUACCUUCUUGAGGGUGCUGGUACCGGACGAAGGCAUAUCCGAUUUGGAAAUCAUCAACGACGUCAGUUCACCCAGCGAUUUGGAUAGGAUAGCGAACGGGUGGAGGAACGAUACCUACAAGGAACUGUGGGGUAACGGGAACUUAUCGAUAUCCUUUUCGUUGAGGUGUUUAUCCACGAAAUCCGUCGGUACGCUCAGGUUGAAGAGCAACGAUCCCUACGAGUACCCGCUCAUCGACCCCAAUUACCUUUCGGACGAUAAACAGCAGGACAUCGAAAUAUUGUACAGGGGCAUACAGCACGUGUUCAAGCUGGCCGAUACUCCAGCUUUCAGGAGCAUCAACAUGACGUACGUCACGCGGCCCCUUUCGGCUUGUAAGCAGCACCGGUUCAAAUCCAAGCAGUACUGGUACUGCUUCCUGAGGCAGGUGUCGCUCACAGCGGCCCAUCCGGUGGCUACUUGCGCUAUGGGCGCGGAUAGAAGUAAGGGGGCCGUGGUGGAUUCGGAGUUGAGGGUGUUCGGGGUGAAGGGGUUGAGGGUGGCAGAUGCUAGUGUGCUGCCUCUGCCGAUUGACGGGCAUACUAGCGUACCUUGCUUGAUGGUAGGUGAGAAGAUAUCCGAUGUUAUUAAGAAGCAGUACCUUUAAAAUUCAAUGCACUUUACUUUAAUUUGGUAAAUUUGUUUGUUUGUAAUUAUGUUUAAUUACCGAAUUGCGUAAAACGGGCCAAUUAUACAGGUUUUUAUCAGGAAAUUAUGUUGAAUAUAUUACCAUUUUUCAUGACUGCAUAUUGGUUAAUGUUUGUAUACAGAAUUGAAUAAAAUGGAUAUGUUUGUGAAUAUUUUUUUCAUUAUGCAAAAUUAACGAGUAAUAUAAUGUAGGAAUAUUUAUUAAUUAAUUCAAUCUUGUACACCAAUUAGAUUAGACAAGAUACCUAAAUGAUACACAUAUUUACAUACAAUAAAUGUUCUUUUUUACUUUAAAAUAAUAAAAAAUAGUUUAUGGGUGAAAUGUUCGAAAGGCCUUUUACACUCAGUCGAUUCGGUCCAUCGAUUCACUUUAAUCUAACGCCUCUUGAACCCGUACUUCUUCCUCUCGUAGAACAAAUCGGUCUUCGAGCUGCCGAGAUUGACGAUCUUGGGACAACCGUCCCGGUCCUUCUCCUGUAUCGUGCACUCCUUGCAGUAGUAGGCGUCCGAUACGCCGGGGCCCCCGCAGAUCACGCACCUGCCCUGGUACGAACCGUAGUUGCACUCGUCGCAUAUUCUCACCAGCGUGCAGGGCCUCACGUACGAAUCGCAUAUCACGCACUUACCGUCGCACUUCUCGCACAGCCGGCCUAUCGCUACGCCCGGCUGUUUGCGGCAAAAUAUCAAAUCCGGGUGGUGCUUCGCCAUUUUAUGUUUACGCACUAGAUUUCAUACAAUAUUCGCUAACGGUAAUUGCAUAAAUUUUACAAUAAAAAUAGUUUACAAACGUUUUUAUAACGGAUUUGGAGGUUAUGUUGUGUUGUGGUUUUCU